GUAAUGUAGCACAAGAAUACAAGGUAUAGACAAAUCGUGUCAAUAGAAACUUUUGACACUGUUAAUAACAUUUUUGACCGAAGGGCCGCCAUAAAUCAUGUUUUCCCCUCACUGGCCUGCUGGAUAUAUUUAUUCCAGCUGUAGAACAAAUCAUUUGUUGUUCUUCAGGUUGUGACGGCUCCGUCCGAACCCUCCGUGAUAUCGCAAACCAGGAAGUGGCAGCUUCCCAACGUCUACGACAAGCUGGCUGGUAGUUCACGCAAUGAAAGGACUUAUACAUUGGAAAACAUAAAAGACGGUGUUGUUAUUUAACAACGAAGUGGGUCAUUUGUGCGGCUGAGCGUCGUUUUUGAAGAUAAAUUUCAUUGUAACGACUCGAAACCGGAAGGACUGCUAGCAAGCUUGUUGUUUAGCCAUCUGGCAGAAUUGUCGACAGCUAACAGUCAACGUUAGCAGGUGUUGUGAUGGCUGUGCCGCACAUACAGUUGUCCGUUGCAGCAAUUUUACUCUUAGUGCUGCUGUCGGGGUGUAACGCGAGGAUACACAAGCUCAGGCUAGAGAACGAGACACGGUUUGCCAUUGACCUCAACAAUUUUGGUUUCUUUGCAAAUGGAUUUCUGAAAGUGAGUCUGUCCUCCCUGUGGCUCAAUGACACUGUGAGCUACAACCUCUUCCCAGUUGGCUUCAGCCUGUCCAGGUCUCGGGUUAAUGGGGUGUUGUCGUACACAGCGGAGGAGACCGAGGCGUGCCCGCCCACGAAGACCACCAACGACGAACCUCUCAUUCUUUUUCUCAUUGACAGCAAGCAUCUGUUGGUCAACGUGAGCGCCAUGGGCGUUCAGGAUAACUUCCUGAUUGCCAAAGCCAAGUCAGAUGAACCUAAAGAAAAAAAGAAGGUUACAAAGAGGGCUGCUGACGAUUCAAAUGGGAAACCAGGAAAGCCAGACACAAAUCAAGAUGAUGAUAAAGACAUCCCAGGAGGUCAGGAAAAAGUACCACCAGCAAAUGAAAAGUCAAACCCUGUUGAGGAUGCUAAGAAACCGGAGGAAACUACAUUCCUGCUGAACAAUUCAGUCAACCCGAUUUUAGCCCUGGACAAAAGGAAUGGCUUAUACAACUUCAGCUUCCGCCUGGUCAUUGGCCCAAAGGAUCAGGGUCUGUACAGCCUGAAGUUCCACUACUGUCGGAACAAGGUGGCCGGAGUCAAGCUGCCUUAUGCCUUGACGGUGGAUGUGGUAGAGAUGAACCCAGGGAGCUUCCUGUCUGCAGCCGAAAUCCCUUUACUUCGUCUUUUCAUAUGUAUGGCCGGAGUCUUCUUCGCUGCUGCUAUGGUGUGGGUCUACAUGCUAAUGAAGCACAGAUACAGCGUGUUUAAGAUCCACUGGCUGAUGGCUGCACUGGCAUUCACCAAGUCCACAUCUGUAGUUUUCCACAGUAUCAACUACCACUUUAUCAACAUCGAGGGUCAUCCUAUCGAAGGCUGGGCCGUCAUGUAUUAUAUCACACACCUGCUGAAGGGGGCGCUCCUGUUCAUCACUCUGGCACUAAUUGGGAUGGGCUGGGCUUUCAUUAAAUACGCCCUCUCUUACAAAGAGAAGAUGAUCUUCGUAAUAGUCAUCCCUCUGCAGGUGCUGGCGAAUGUUGCCUAUAUCAUCAUCGAGUCGACAGAGGAAGGCUCCAGUGAGUACUAUCUGUGGAAGGAGAUCCUCUUCCUGGUGGACCUCAUCUGCUGCGGAGCCAUCCUGUUCCCCGUCGUCUGGUCCAUGCGUCUCUUAAAAGCUGCCAUGAACCUGGAGAAGCUCAAGCUGUUCAGGCAUUACUACGUCAUGAUCGUUUGCUACAUCUUCUUCACGAGGAUCAUAGCCAUUUUGAUGAAGAUCACAAUGCCCUUCCAGUGGCAGUGGUGUUAUGAGUUUCUGGUGGAAGUGUCCACUCUGAUCUUCUUUGUUCUGACUGGCUACAAGUUCCGACCGGCGUCCAACAACCCGUACUUGCAGCCCCCGCUGAACGAAGAGGACGUGGAGAAGGAUGAAGUAGUGACGGAGUCGGGCGCUCUGGAGGGAAUCUCUAAAGUUAAGAAGACGUCUAACGGACGCGAGCGCCAGAAAGAGCCCGCUCUGUGAGCAGGAGGCUGAGUGGGUGGGGGCUCAUAUGGACCAAGACCCCCCACCACCACUUCUGCUGACGGCUCUCUGUUCAAAACUCUUCAAGUGGUUGCAAAGCUUCAUGCCCACUGUCUGGCUAUGCAAAUGUAAAAUAACAACAACAAAAAAGAUGACUAACAUGA